AUGACGGAGACGGUGUCGUCACCUGCGUUGCAGGUCAUUAUACUGGGCUCGGGAGGCGGCCCCCAAGAGUCAAAUACAACAGCGUUUCUCGUCCGUUCGGUGCCCCUGAACUGGCGCAAAGGCUCAAUAGUGGCUGUCGACGGGGGCGUCCACUUGUCUGCCAUCACUCGCCUGAUUGAGGAGGCCUUACCAGAGUCACCACCGCCGACGCCGACGCCAUCGUCGGUCCCUACUCGUCAGAUCCUGACCACCGGGCCCUUUGCUGGCCUGGAAUUGCCGUUCACCACGGCCGCGGCGAACGCUGCCUAUGUUACGCGCACUCUCGUCGAUACCUAUCUCAUCACGCAUCCGCAUCUAGACCACAUCUCCGCCUUUGUCAUCAACACAGCAGGCUUGCCCGGCACUCGUCCCAAGAAACUUGCCGGCCUUCCGGGUACCAUCAAGGCUCUCAAGGACCACAUCUUCAACAAUGUCAUAUGGCCGAAUCUCAGCGACGAGAACAACGGAGCUGGUCUCCUGACGUAUCUCAGACUGGUUGAGGGUGGAAGCCCUGCACUGGGCGAGGGAUACCUGGAGGUGUGUGAUGGGUUGUUGGUCAAGACGUGGAGCGUGAGCCAUGGCCACUGCAUGGAGAAGCACACGCAUCGUGGAUCCUUCUGUAACCCGGCACCGACGCGCCACGGUAGUCGCCACGGUAGUCAAGACGGAUCGAGCAUACCAUCAAGCAUACCGCUCCGGCGCGACACAUACUACCCUCACAGCCUGAUGCCCCAGGCUGCGCUGGGCAUCGCCUCGCCUGCCCUCGGGCCCGGCGACUUUGAGCCACGGCCAUGCGUCAACGACUCGAGUGCGUACUUUAUCCGGGAGGAGACGUACGAGCGCGAGGUGCUCAUCUUUGGAGACGUGGAGCCGGAUAGCCUUUCUCUCAGCCCGCGGAAUCUAAUGAUCUGGCAGGAGGCGGCGCCCAAGAUUGCUUCCGGAAAGCUGGCAGCUAUCUUUGUCGAAUGCAGCUACACCGACGCACAGCCGGACGAGCGGCUGUUCGGCCAUCUGAAGCCCGCCUAUCUCAUAGAGGAGAUGCAGGUCCUGGCCGGCGAAGUAGAGGUCGCGCGAAAGGCACGUUCCCUUGAGACUAAGAAACGCAAGCGGGACGCCGAGGAGGAGCAGCAGAUGCAGCGGAAGAAGGCCCCGGUCGUCGCCAUGCAGAGUCCUGGAUCCGACGACCCGGUGUCGCCCAAAUCUGCCAACCCGCUCAAUGGCGAUUACUUCUUCAACUCGGCGUCUGAUUCCGAGACGCCACACAUUGCCACCCCUACCGGCGAGCUGUCGCUCGAUGAGUUUGCGGUUCCCGGCCCGGGAUUGCCGCCGCCCACCCCGGCCGUCACUACCGCCGCUGAUUCUGGCGUCAAGAAGCCCCUCGAAGGCCUCAAGGUUGUCAUCAUCCACGUCAAGGAGACGCUCGCGGAUGGGCCGCAGGCCGGCGACUCAAUACUACAGCAGCUGCUGGAGCAUGAGCGGGAAGCGCAGCUAGGCUGUGAGUUUAUCAUUUCCAAACCUGGGCAGAGCUUCUACUUCUAA